AUGGAUUGGCUGAGCUCGACCCCGGGUCGGGGGGGCCGACCCCGGCGACGGGGCCGUUUCCGGGGUCGCCACAGGUCGGGGGUGGCCCCGGUGGGCCAGGGGGCAGAGCCCGAGGAGGGGGCGGGCCCCCUGCACCCCGGCAAUGACCUCUGGCCCCGCUUCCUCCCGCUGGCCGACGACGACCUCAGCCCCCGACCCCUCUCCCUCGGCGAUGACCUCUGGCCUCGGCCCUGCCUGCUGGACGAUGACCUCUGCCCCCUGUCCCCGCCGCUGCUCCGCGACCUUUGCCCUUGCUCCCCGACUCUUGACCUUUGCCCCCAUUCAGCAGGGCUGCCGGAAGGGCCCUGUCGCCGGCCCGCCCCUCCUGAUGACCCUUGCCCUGCCUUGACCCUUGACCCCUGCCCUCACCCUGCUCCCCUUCUCUUGGGCCUCACCUGCCGACUGACCUUGGCCUGGCUGGAGCCCCUGACCUCUGACCCCAACCAACCGGCGGAGACCGGGACCCUGGCACAGUCCGAUCCCACAGCCUCCCUGAGCACCAGCCUCCUCCGGCUGUCACCGGGAGGAGCCCAUCCUGGGCCUUGGCUGGAGAAAGUUCUGGAGCCCACCGGCUGGGCAGAGACAGGUUCACCCACCGCCUGUAGCUCACCAACCACUGGCAACAGUCUGACAACAACCUGUAGGUCACCCACCGCUACCAGCAGCCUGCCAGCCGCCUGUACCUCACCCACCGCCUGUAGUUCACCCACCAGUUCUACCUCACCAACCACUGCCAACAGCCUGACAGAUGCCUGUGGCUUACUCACCAGCUGUACCUCACCAACCAUUGCCAACAGUCUGCCAACCACCAGUUGUGUGCCAACCACUGCCAACAGCCUGAUAACCACCUGUAUAUCACCCAUUGCCUGUAGCUCACCAACCACCAACCCUCCAACUGACUGUCCUUCACCUACCUGUGAGUCACCCACCAUCCACAACCUGCCAACCACUACCAGUCUGCCAGCCAGUUGUAGCUUGCCAACUGCCUGUAGACCGGCCAUCAAUGAUAUGCCAGUCAGCUGCAGAUCACCAACUACCUGUAGCUCACCAAUCAGUAACAGUCACCUAACUGCUUGUACUUCGCCCAAUGCCUAUGCGUCACCCACUAGCAACAGCCUGCCAGCCAUCCACAGGUUGCCAACCACCGGUCCACCAACUACCAACAGUCUGGCGACCACUAACAGUGUGCCAGCUGCCUGUAGAUCCCCAACAGCCAACAGUCUGCCAAUUGCCUGUAGAUCACCAAAUACCUGUGAGUCACUGACAGCCAACAGGUUAACAUCCGCCUGUAGAUCACCAGCCAGCAGCUCAUCUUCCACCUACGGGUCACCUACAGCCAACAGUUUACCAUCUGUUUAUGCGUCACCAACCGCCUGUGGCUCACCUGCCAACAGUUCACCACCUACUUGUAAAUCUCACAAUGGCAACAGUCUGCCAACUGCCUGUACUUCACACAAUGCCAACAACUCACCACUAGCCAACGGACGACCAGUCACCUGUAGGUGGCCAACAGCCUGCAGACCACCCACUACCGACGGUCCGACAACACCCUGUGACUCGCCAACCACCUGUAGCUCGCCAGUGGCCAAUGGUUCGUCAGUAUCCUGUGCACCGCCAAGCAACAGUCCAACAACCAGCGGCUCAUCAACUGUCAAUGAUUUACCAGCUGCCUGUGGCUUGUCAACCGUCCAUGCUUCCCGUGGGUCACUGACUGCCUGUAGUCUGUCAAAUGCUGACAGGGCGCCGACCGCCAGGAGAUUGACUGCUGCCCAGAGCUCACCGGCUGCCUGUAGGUCAAACGCUGGUGGAUCAAUGACUGCCUGUAGUUUGCCAACUGCUUGCAGAUCAACCACUGCCAAGAGCUCACUGACUGCCAAUAGGUUUUCAAAUACUGACAGGUUGCCAACUGCCUGUAGUUCAUCAAAAACUGGUGGGUCAACAACCACCUGUAGCCCAUCAAGCUUUGAUGAGUUGUCAGCUGCCUGUAGGUCGCCAACUGCCUGUAGUCUGACCUUUGCCAAGAGCUCACCAACCACCAUCAACCGGCCAUCUACCUGUAGCUCUCCAACCACCUGUGGCUCACCACCUGCCAAAAACCCACCGGCCUCCUGUGGCUCAUCAACCACCAACCGGCCUUCUGCCUGUGGCCCACUGACCGCCCAUGGCUCACCGACUGCCAACAGCCCACUGACCGCCUGUGGCUCACCAACCAACAACCAGCUGACAGCCUGUAGGCCACCCAAGGCCUGUGGCUCACCACCCAUCAAUGGCUUGCCGACUGCCUGUAGCUGGCCGACCGCCUGUGGCUCACCGACCAUCAACAACCGGCCGACUGCCUGUGGCCCACUGACUGCCCGUGGCUCCCUGCCUGCCAACAACCUCCCAACCGCCUGUAGCCAGCCGACCGCCUGUAGCCCGCCGUGGGCCUGCGACUCGCCGGCCGACGUCAGCUUGCCCGCGAUGCCCCCCUCCUCGCCGAGCCCCCACUGCCGGGACCCCAGGACCCUGGGCCCCAGUGGGUGGGAGGGGGCGGGCGCCCCCUACCCCUCCCACAACUCCUGCAAGACGCUGAAGUGCCCGCGGUGUAACUGGCGGUACAAGUACAGGCGGACGCUGGAGGCCCACAUCAGGGACAAGCACCGCGGGGGCGUGGAGGUGAGCUGUCCCCACUGCCAGGCCGGACGCCCCCACCCCAGGCUGUCGCGGGGACAGGCCUACAGCUGCGGGUACCGCCCCUUCUGCUGCCGGCACUGCGACUACUCCACCACCACCAAGGGCAACCUCAGCAUCCACAUGCAGUCCGACCACCACCAGGCCCGGCUCCGGUGCCUGGGCCUAGACCGGGGCCCCCAACCCGCUGCCCAGGCCUCUCCCCGGCCUAGGACUGGCUGCCGGGCCUGUCGCCUGGAGAAAGGCCUGGGUCUGGGCCCAGCCACGGGCCCCAGGCCUGGAGCAGGGGCCUCUGGUGUCCUCUGGCGGGCCCGAGACAGGAUGCAGGGCCAGGGGACUCCUGGGAGUGUGGACGAGGCCAGGGACGGCGCCCAGGAAGGUCAACAGGUCCCGGCAGAGGGGAUCGCCGACCCCACCAGGGACCCGCAGUCGAGGACUGUGUUGGAGGAGGCGGCAGUGGGCGAGGAGGAGGGGACGGACCGAAUGGCCCCCUGCCUGGCCCCUGAGCCCCGGUUGCAGUGCCCGCUGUGCCAGGAGACACCGUCGGAUCGGAGAUCCCUGUGCUUCCACCUCACCCACGUGCACAGUGUGGUGUCCGACUGUGUGCAGAGGCUGCUGUUGACGGCAACUGUAGUCAGCUCCAACGCACUUCCCACGGACACUCCCUCCGACUGUGCGGAUCCCAGAGCCCCGUCUGAAAACAAGUGCGUCCCAGGGUCGAGUGGUGGGGACAUUUUCCGGCUGCUCUCUCCCCCUGUCUGGGACCAGGCCGUCAGCCAGGUGUGGCGCCCGACCCACGCCCUCCAGCGGCAGGCCACAGGGACAGACGCGCCCCCUCCCCUCCCACUGCAGUUCCCGUUCGGAGGAGGCAGCCCGGGGUGUGCCCCCCUCCCUCCCUCACCCCGGGACCGUGAGAGGGAGGGGGUCCCCCAGCCGAGGAGGGGGCCGGACCUCCCGCGGGACAGGUUCCUGGACCCCACCCACAAGGGCAGGGUGCGCGAGGAGUCCUUCACCCAGGGGAGCAUCCUGUCCGUCCACAACUCCGUCUCCCACCUGCACCAGGCCCCGUCGGCCUCACUGCGUCCCCGGGCCGCCUCCCCCCAGGGCCCAGGCUCCCCGGGCGACAGGCCCUGCAGCCAGCCGUCCGCCCUGGACGUCCGCCUGCCCUCUGUCCUGCACCGGAGCCGGUCCCAGGUCCCAGGCCCUGGCCUGUCCCCACUGCCCCCCUUUCUGCUGCCCCUGAGCACUGGCCUGGGCCUGGGCCUGUCCUUACAGCUGCCCCGGCUCCGGGCAGCCGGCAUCCUCCCCGGGCCGGGCCUCGGCCUUCCCCCCGCGGCCCAGGGCGAGGCCGAGGCCCAGGGCCCGGACACGGCCCAGGCCCAGGCUCUGGGCACGGCCAAGCUCCAGCCCCAGGCCCCAGACCCAUCCCAGCAGGGCCCGAGCCAGGCUCCAGCAGGGGCAGACUCCCAGGCCCAGCCCCAGGCCCCAGACCCAGACCCAGACCCGGCCCAGGAGGAAGCCGAAGCAAAGGCCCAGCCCCAGGAGCAGCCCCAGGCCGGGGCCCAGUCCCAGGCUGACGAGGCCGAGGCCCAGUCAGAAAUGGCCCGCUCCCCGCGGGGCGACUCCGUCUCUGUCCCCCUGCCUCAGCCUCUGCGAGACGGCCCCCAGGCCCCUGGUCCCCCCUCCUCCCCCCGCGGGCCGGGGCCCCCUCCCUGCCCUUGGGACACUCAGGCCCCUGAGGCAGACCCGGGAACGCGGGCCGCAGGCCUCAAGCGGAAGGCGGCAGAGGCCCAGGAGAUGGAGGGGGAGGAGGAAGGGGAGGCGACAGGGUCCCAGGACAGGAGGAUGAGGACCACCAUCCUGCCCUGGCAGCUGGAGGCCCUGAACCACCUGUACCUGCGGGACCCCAACCCCGGGGGCCGGGCCCUGGACUUGAUCUCGUCCCAGCUGGGCCUGAGGAAGCGGGUGGUGCAGAUGUGGUUCCAGAACAGCCGGGCCCGGGAGCGGAGGGGAGCCCCAGCCCUCCCCGUCCCCGUCCGCCUGCCCCUCUCCCCGCCCCGUCCCGGCAUCCAGGGGCCGGAGGCCGGGGGUCCGCGGCGGUCCCGGACACAGAUGAGCAGCCUGCAGCUGAGGGUGCUGAGGGCCUGUUUCCGGGAGCACCGCAGCCCCACCGUCCCGCAGUGCCAGCUGCUGGGCGCCGAGAUCGGCCUGCCCCGCCGCGUGGUGCAGGUCUGGUUCCAGAACGCCAGGGCCAAGGAGAGGAAGGCCGGGCCCAAGGGCGGCGGGCGCGGGACGUCCCGCUGCGGGGUCCGCCCGGCCGCCCGCAGCCACGUCUUGUCCCUGCCCCACAUCGCCCGCCUGAAGGAGCUGGUGUCAGCUCGGCCGCCUGGCCCGGCCUCAGGCGAGGCCCAGGCCUGGGGACACCAGGGCCCCGACCCACCCCAGGGACACCAGGACCCUGCCCCGGCUCCCUGCUCCCCCUUCGGCGCCGUGGCCUUCCCCGCAAUCACCGGCCUCUCUCCGGUCCUGCUGCCUGGCGUGGGACCACCGUCCGGCAGGGGGGCCCUGACCACAGGGCUGCCCUCCUCGUCGCUGCUGCGAGUCAGUGCCCCCUCCCUCCCUCCAGCCCUGCUGCUGCCCCGGGAGGGGGAGGGAGAGGGAGAGGGGAGGACCCCCCCCCUCGGGGGAGGGGGCCCAGGGGGCAUCUGGCCGCCUCCUGCCCCGCCUGCUGGGACACCGGCCGCCCGUGGCCUACCUGCCCCGGCUGUUCGGGGGGGAGAAGGCUCCCCCCGUGGGGCUGGGCCUCGGCCUCCUGCCUCAGGCUCUGCUCCCACCGGGCCUGCAGCAGCUCCCCUCGGGCCUGGGCCCAGGCCUGGCUCCGCCCGAGAACCGGGCUGGGCCCAGGCCUGAGUCCCCGGCCGGGCCGGAGGCUUCCCUCUCCCCCCGUGGUGCGGAGGGCAGCUCGAGGCAGGGGGAGUGGGGCCCCGGCGAGGCCCAGGCGUCGAUGCCCACCCAGGGGACCGCUAGGCCCCACCCGUCCUGACAGGCUGGCGGCCCCCGAGACCAGGCCAGUCCCACAGCCGGGACCCCACCGUCAAACCCCACCCCUGGGACCCAUCCCCAGGACCCCACCCUCAGACUACACCCCUGGGACCUCACCAUCAGACCACACACAUACUGGGGACCCAUCUCCACGAUACCACCCCUGGGACCCAACACUUGGAGACCCCAUCCCCGGGACCCCACCCUCACACCACACCCUCCAAGAGGACAAGGAGAGAUCCCCAGUAAUAACACUCUGACCCCAGGUGUACCCCCGCCCCUGCCCUCAGCCACUGACUCACUGCUCCAUUCAGAAGCCUGGACAAUUGGCCUCACUUAUUCCCAAAGGCAUGGACGUCCUGGUGCGGGCUCACGGCACUUCAGCGGUGGGAAGCGUCACCCGCCUGACUGAUCGUGAGCGUUGCCGAGCUCCCUCCCGUUCCGCACGGCUGGGCGAGGGAUCCGCAGCCCCCGCGUGUCCAUCACCUUCCCCCAGUCCCUCCCACCCACCCAGGUGUCCUGGGGCCUCCCCACCUUCCCCCCCGUCCCCCUUUCUCCCCGGGACGCCCCCUCCACACUCCCCCUCCCUGGGAUCUCCACCCCCCCCCCUUUCCUCUCUGGGUCCUCCCCCCCGCCGGGACGCCCCCCUCCCCCUCCCUGGAACCCCCCUCCCCAGGACCUUCC